AUGAAUGCGUUUAUUACUAACGUUUCCGAAUCAAACAAUACUAAAUAUAGUAAAAUAAGUAGUAUUAGAAUAAUAUUACUUGGAUGCUUAUUACUUUUGCUGAUAGUGUCGUUUUUCGGGGUUGUGGAAUGCCAGAAACACCAGACUCGCAUUAAUUAUCAAGGGGAACAUAGUAAUUAUGGUGAUCAUGCUAAGAUCAAACAACACAUCACAGAGCACCUAAAAGACGUGCAACAUCCGCCUGAUAUGUCAGAAACGGACGAACUCUAUUACCUCUUCACUAUCCACGAUAUAAAUAAAGACCGCUACUUGGAUGGACAUGAACUUCGUGAGGCUUUCACCGAUUUUAAUUUAGACAAUGAAGAUCCGAAAGCGAUCCUGACUAUUUCAGAACUUAAUGAAAUGAUUGAUCACGUCUUGCUGGAGGAUGAUAUGGAUAAUGAGUGA